CUCUGUCCUGUCAUCAUGUGAGCCGGAGCUCCAGGAGCUGAUGAGACAGAUUGACAUCAUGAUCAGUCAUCAGAGGAGGGAGUGGGAGGCUGAGAUUCAGGCCAUGGAGCUCAGGCUGAAGAGUGGAGAAGAGGAGCUGUUGACUUCCAGAAAUCUCAUUGAGCGGAGGGACCUGGAGAUCGGAUUGCUCCGCAAGCAGCUAGAAGAAGUCCAGUCUGGUCGACAAGAGGUGGUUACCAAGUACGAGCAGCAACUACAGAAAGUCCGGGAAGAGUUGGAUAAAUUAAAGAGGAAUUACCAAAAGCUUCAGCGCAAACAGCUCAAGGAGACCAGUCGAGGAGAGGCAGACCGUUCGGAGGUGACCCAACUCAAUGAAAAGAUUGAGGAGUAUCACCAGCGCGCUGCAGAGUGGGAGCAGCAGCAAAUCAGCCACCAGAAACAAAUGACAGCACUGGAGGCCCAAAAGAAGAGCCUGACUGAUGAGCUCACACACAUGAAAUCUCAGAAGGAGCACCGAGAGUGCUGUUCACAGGUGCAACAUCUGCGUGCUCAGCUGGAGAAGUCUCAGGGCAGCAUCCACUCACAGGAGCUUGAACUGGAACGCCUCCGACCGCUCGAGAUUUGGCUGGGACAGUACCAGAGAGAGAAGCAGGUCCUCUCGGAGGAAAGAGAGGAGCUCCACGCCACGCUGGACUCCCAGGAUACAUUUAUGCGAAGAGCCAGCCUCGAGCGCCAGAGGCUUCGCAAUGAAGCUGCCAGACUCAACCAAGCGCUGCAGGCUAAAGAUCAAGUCAUCCGCUCCCUGGAGGACUGUCUGGCAGUUCAGGGCUGUGCUGGUGUGGAAACCCUCAGAAAAGAUCUGGAGAAAACCACAUCCAAGCUCCACUGCGCCCAAACAUGCGAGGCUCAUCUCAAGGCUGAACUGGCUGAAAUGAGAAAGGUCAGAGAGGAGCUUCAGAGAGCGAGGCAGACUCACAGCGGGGAGGUGGAGGGAAUGAGAGCCGAAGUGUCGAGGCUGACCGCUGAGCUGCACCAACGUGACGUCACCAUCGCCGCACUGAAAGGCUCCUCGUCCAGCAUCAAGCAGCAGCUCUGUGGUGAGGUGGAGCGAGCUGAGCAGAAGGCGUCUGAGCUGAAAAUGAUUCAGGCACAGCUGGAGACUCUACAGACUGAGAACCAGCACCUGAAGGGUCUGCUGCAGCGGCUGGAGUCUCAGUCACCAAAGGAGAGCACCACACGCUGUGAAGGGGAGAUCCAAAACCUCUUCAAUCAGCUGCACACGCUGUCCCAUUCCUCUGGAGAGCAACGCUGUAACCAGGCCCCAGACAUCAGGCCACAUUCAGCAGCAUCCUCCUCCUCCUCCGCCUCCGCCUCCGCUUCCUCCUCUUCAGGAAGCGUGAGACUGACCAGGAGAAACUCGGUGCCAGCCCUGACUCCAGAUGAGGCUCCUGCUGAGGGGCAAAGCUCCGGCUCCGAAGCCUCUUUGGCCCUCGUGUCGACGGAAAAGAUCACACCCUCUCCCUCCCCAGUG